AUGGAUCCCACUCAGCAGCUCGCUGGUACCAACGGACUUGACGUGGUCCCUCCACUCGCUGCAGACGAAUGCCCAUCACCUCAGAUUCCCGGCCAGGCCCGAUUGGACGCAGCUGUGGGUAAAGCUAUUGGAGGUACUGUCAUCCCCUCCGAUAUUCGUCCCACUGACCUGCCCAAUACAGAAAAACUUGACAACAGCAAGUCCGGAAACCCUUCCAGUAAUGGCACGGCUAUAGCGGAACCAUUGCCACAAACAUCGCAGCUAAAACAGAAUGGAAAGACGGACCCAAAUAUCUCAGAAUUGAGUCGAUCGACUGUGGAAAAUACCACUACGACCAAGGCCACUAUUGUAGAGAACAGCAAGAACCGUAUCCCUGGAGCUUUUCCUGUUAUAUCACGUAUUGGCUGGCUCGAAGCAUACAAGCGUACUGAUGGCCCCGAUAAUGAAUUCCGUGACAAGUCCAUCUGGAUGGAAGAGUUUGCAAGUAGCGCACUAUUUGGUGCUUUCUGGCACAAUGCCGCGGCCCUUGUCGUCAUUCCAAUUGUGUGUUAUGUAGUUUUCAAGCUUGGAGGGGGUUUUGUAUCCUUGAUCCUCAUCAUUGCAUUUGGAGCAACCUACUACAAGAAUUCAAUUCGUCGCUUCCGUCGCAAUGCCAGGGAUGAUAUUACGCGCGAGUUGAUAAAGAAUGUGCUCGAAGACGACGCAGAGACAACCGAGUGGAUCAAUAAUUUCAUGUCUAAAUUCUGGCUCAUUUACGAGCCGGUGCUAAGUGCAACAGUUGUGCAAGUGGUCGACAGUAUUUUGGUUGAUCAGACACCUGCUUUCCUCGACUCGAUCCGCCUUACAACCUUCACUUUGGGUACAAAGGCACCUCGAGUUGAGAGCGUUAAGGCCUUCCCAAAGGCUGAUCCCGAUGUAGUGUUAAUGGACUGGCGUGUGUCGUUUACACCCACAGAUAUUGAGGAUAUGACGCCAAGGCAAUUGAGAACGCAGAUCAAUCCUAAGAUUUGCUUGACCAUCCGUGUUGGCAAGGGCAUUAUUGGCGCUGGCAUGCCUAUUCUUGUCGAGGACAUGUCCUUCAAAGGAUACAUGCGCUUUAAGAUCAAGCUGACAUCCAACUUCCCUCAUAUCAAGACUGUUGAUUUUUGUUUUCUAGAACCACCAGAGAUUGAUUAUGUCCUGAAGCCUGUUGGAGGUGAAACAUUUGGCAUGGAUAUUGCUCACAUCCCCGGUUUGCAGUCCUUCAUCCGUGACCAGACCCAUGCCAUCUUGGGGCCCAUGAUGUAUGCUCCAAAUGUCUACACACUUGACUUGGAGCAGAUGAUGACGGGUGGCGCAUCCUUGACUGCCGCCACUGGUGUAGUUCAAUUUACAAUUUACAAUGCCAAAGAUCUCAAAAACACAGAGUUGGUUGGAAACUCUGAUCCUUAUGUCAAGAUCCGUCUUGGUAACCGUCCUGAGCUCGCUACUACUGCAGUCAAGGAAGAUACCCUGAAUCCUGUCUGGAACGAAACCAACACUAUCUUGAUCAAUAACUUGAACGAAGUUGUUUGUAUGGAGAUCUUUGAUAAGGACAAUGUCCGCAAGGAUCGUCCAUUGGGCCAAGCCGUUUUUGAUUUGAAGACUUUGGAGGAAGAUCCCCUGCAAGAUGAUGUUUGGUGUAAAGUUCUCCGUAACGGCAAGGAGCGUGGAGCUAUUCGUAUCCGUGCUGCCUACUUCCCAGUUCAGACACCGCAACCUUCUGCCGAUGGAAAAGAGAUGGUUCCAGUCGAGUCUAAUUCGGGUAUUCUAGCUCUCAACCUUGCUCAAGCUAAAGAUAUUGCACGCACUGGAAAGACCAAAUCGAGCUGUAAGGUCUAUCUUAACGGUUGCUUGGCGCACACAACCAAAGCUAUGAGUGGUGCCAAUCCUGCGUGGGGGGCUGAAGUUGAUCUCUUCAUCACUGAUCUGGAGGCCGCUCAGAUCGCCAUUGAGGUUGUGUCAGAUGAUAACGUUAUUGGUUCAUACGGCGUCCCUGCCAGCCGUCUACUCAAGGAUACUAACGACAAGGUUGACUGGGUUACUCUCCAGGGCGGUGAAGGCACCGGAAAGAUGAAGAUAACCGGUGUUUGGAAGCCUGUAUUGAUGGGCGAUGACCUGAACCCGAAUACUCACAAGCCUGCCUUUGGUGUUAUUCGUAUUCAAAUGUUCGGUGGGCGUGAUCUUCGUAAUGUUGAGAUCGGAGGCAACUCUGAUCCAUAUGUCAUCAUUACAGGUGAUAAGGGUUUGAGUCGUGGACGGACUAAGGUCAUUGACAGCGACUUGAAUCCUGUCUGGAACGAGAUCUUCUAUGUCGCUGUAAACUCGAUGAAGCAGACCUUUGGAUUUGAAUGCUUUGAUUUCCAGAAGGUUACAAAGGAUAGAACCUUGGGCAGGACUGAAUUCGCUGUUAGCGAAAUUGUGGAGGAACUUCCGGACAAGGCUGGAUAUGUGGCCCGUCCAAAGAUCGACCGUUGGGCACCUCUGAUUCAGAAGGACGGCAGCAGCAAGGGUGAGCUGCACUACGAGCUCUCAUUCUUUCCAUCACUUAGGCUUGCCGAAGAAGCUACUGAAACUGAGAAGGCUACGGCUGCAGCUCCUUCUAAUUCCAGUGACCCUAAGGCUGCGCCCGUUGAAGUUGUUGAUACCACCGAUCCAUCUCCCAACAAUAUGCAAAACUCUGUCAAGACCGCAGUGGAAACUGCAUCCAUCACGUUGCCUCCCAACACUAUCUACAAGAGCGAGGCCCUGGACUAUGACUCUGGUAUUUUGGUCACCCAUUUGAUCGGAGCUGAGCUAGACCGGUCCAACACAUACUGUGAGUUCUACAUUGAUAGUGAUAGCUACCAAUUCAAGUCUCAGGUCCAAAAGUCUCGUAAUCCCAAAUGGAACGAGAUUGCUGAUAUCUUUGUCAAGGAGUUGGAAUAUGCCAAACUGAACAUUCUAGUCAAGGAAAAGUCGUCUUUGGAAAAGGAUCCUAUUAUUGGCACUUUCUCUGGAAGCGUGUUUUCACUCUUGGAAUCCACACCUAAAGAUGGUGCAAAGUUCCCUAUUCUAGACAAGGCUGAUCAACGCGGAACAUUGCACUUGAAAUUUGAAUACCUUCCUGUGUCCAUUGAGCUGCUACCCAAGGAGCGCCUGGAUAAUAUGGGCAACAUGGCCGUAACGCUCAUUCGCGCCAAAGGUCUUAUCGCUGCUGAUCGUAGUGGUUCCAGUGACCCAUAUGUUAUCUUCAGAGUGAAUGGCAAGGAAGUCUACAAGUCGGAGGUAGUCAAGAAGACUCUGGACCCAGAGUAUAACGAGACUUUUUCUGUACAAAUCACCUCUCGUGCAGAAGAUCAAUUCACAUUCGAGGUGUUUGAUUGGAACCAGCUUUCUACCGCCAAGUCCUUGGGUUCGGGCUCAUUGAGCCUUACCAACCUCCAACUAGUUCUUCCUAAUGAAUUCAUGAUUCCACUGAAGAAUAAGGAGAAUAGAGGCGAGAUUCAACUGCGCGUCAAAUUUAUGCCUGAAUUCUUGUCAUCCAACAAGAGGUCGAGCUUUGCAGCGACCUUUAUUGGUGGAGGUGUCGGCGUUGUGACAGGAGGUGUUGGUCUGGUGGCUGAUGGUGUUGGAGCUGUCGGGCAGGGCGCUUUGAAAGGAGUGGGUACUGUAGGUAAAGGUGUCGGUACAGUUGGCAAGGGUGUCUUUGGAGGCAUUUCGGCAGGCGCAUCUGCUUUGGGCCUGCAUAAGAGGGACAAAUCUGAUGCAGCACCACAGCGAGCACUGGAGCCUCAUCCAAGCAUGAUGCCCACAUCUGAGGCACCCCAUACUGCUCAACCUGUUCCAUCUGCUCUGGCAGUUCAGGCAGCUUCGACCGUUCAAGAUGCUCGGCUCACCAACUCUGAAGGCACUCUCAACGUCAACUCGUCCCCUACUCGCACAGGCUUUGGAACCAGCCGCUCACGUACAUCUUUGGUCGACAACGGUGAUAUCAUUGGUGAGCCCGGUACGUUGACCAUCCACGUGAUCGAGGCAGAUGGUCUCUUGGGGGUUGACAAAAGCGGAACUAGCGAUCCUUAUGUCCGAGUAUCGCUCGGUGGUAAGAACUUGCUUAAGACCAAGGUUAAAAAGGAAAAUUUAUCACCUAAUUGGAACGAGUCUGUAGUGGUACCUAACAUUACAGGACACCCACUGACGAUCAACUUUAUGGUCCGAGACCAUAACACACUUGGAAGUGAUAAAGAUCUGGGUGAAUUCGACCUUCGUCUUUGGGAAUACAUCCAGCCUCUAACCGAGACUCAGUCAGGUGAAUAUAAGGCAGACUUCUGGGCACCUCUCGCUAAACCAUCUGGUGGACGUCUCCAUCUCAUGCUUGAGUUUGAGCCUGCAGGCGAAGGCAGCGAUGUUGAGAAGAAGAGAAGGGGUCUUUUUAGCAGAAAGUAA